AAGCUUGUACAUUUUUUUUCCCAACAGGUGGCGCUUACACAAAAGCUAUAGGCGGGGACUUUGACCAAGGAGCCAUGAAGUUGGGAUUUACAUCUAACUCGUAUCCCAGUGAAGAUCCAUCUACCACAGAGGGUCCAUCUACCACAGAGGGUCCAUCUACCACAGAGGGUCCAUCUACCACAGAAGGUCCAUCUACCACUGAGGGUCCAUCUACCACAGAGGGUCCAUCUACCACAGAGGGUCCAUCUACCACUGAAGGUCCAUCUACCACAGAGGGUCCAUCUACCACUGAGGGUCCAUCUACCACUGAAGGUCCAUCUACCACAGAGGGUCCAUCUACCACAGAGGGUCCAUCUACCACAGAGGGUCCAUCUACCACUGAAGGUCCAUCUACCACAGAGGGUCCAUCUACCACAGAGGGUCCAUCUACCACAGAGGGUCCAUCUACCACUGAAGGUCCAUCUACCACAGAGGGUCCAUCUACCACUGAAGGUCCAUCUACCACUGAAGGUCCAUACUACACUAGUGACUCACCAUACACCAGUGACUCACCAUACACCAGUGACUCACCAUACACCAGUGACUCACCAUACACCAGUGACUCACCAUACUACACUAGUGACUCACCAUACACCAGUGACUCACCAUACACCAGUGACUCACCAUACACCAGUGACUCACCAUACUACACUAGUGACUCACCAUACACUAGUGACUCACCAUACUACAUUAGUGACUCAACAUACACCACUGGUUCACCAUACUACACUAGUGACUCACCAUACACCAGUGACUCACCAUACACCAGUGGUUCACCAUACUACACCAGUGACUCACCAUACACCUCUGGUUCACCAUACAAUACCGAAUACCCGUUUGUCGGCUGA